AUGUCUCGCUAUCCUGAUGAUGCGCCAGAGGUCGCCGACCACUCGUACCCCGAAACAUACACGCACAUGCAAGCGGCCCAUAUCAAUCAGCAGCAUUACCAAAGCCCUUCGACAGCGCCGUCAGAAACGCCGACUACGGUCUAUUCCCAGUACGCAAAGCAUGACAAUGAUAUCAUCUACGGGCAAGAGCACAAAGAAGUCCUUCGAGGGGGCGGCGGCAUCCCCAGCACUCAGGAGCAAAAGAAGAUUUUCGGACUACCCAUCCUCGUCUUCAUCUUGUCGGUCAUCGUUGCAAUCAUGGGUAUCGUCAUAAUCGGUCUGGCAGCUGGCCUUGGCAUCGCAACGCACAACUACCAACAGGCCAACACCAACCUCGACGCAGCCAACGCCAACCUUACAGCCGCCACGGCCAAUCUCUCAGCGGCCAAAUUUGUCACAAGCUACUCCAACCUAACGAAUGGAUGCUCAGACAGAGCCACGAGUGUAACAGGCACAAAAUACUCGACACAUUCUUAUGACUUUGCGGAAUACACAAUGUACUGCAACAAAGACAGCCCGGAGGGCCCAAUCUUCUCACUCUUUUCUGGCAGCUUUAACAGCUGCAUGGAAGCAUGCACGACCUGGAACAAGUACCUCGAUGAGAAGAACUACACAUCAAAAGCCUGCACAACCGCCACCUACAUUCCUUACUGGACCAACAUCUUGAUGGCUCUCGGCAAUUCAGCCCCUGGUGACUGCUACCUCAAGGCCGGCACCGCCAACCUGAAGAACUUCACGUCUUCGGGCCCCGAGAUGGAGGUCCAUGUUGCCGUCCACGCCUAA